AUGAUCUCCGGCAAGGAGAAGAAUAAACCCCCGAAGGACAGCAUGACGCUCCUGCCUUGCUUCUACUUCGUGGAGCUGCCCAUUGUGGCAUCAUCCAUCGUGUCCUUAUACUUUCUGGAGCUGACGGACCUGUUCAAGCCGGCCAAAGUGGGCUUCCAGUGCUAUGACCGUACGCUGUCCAUGCCGUACGUGGAGACCCAUGAGGAGCUCAUCCCCCUGCUCAUGCUGCUCAGCCUGGCCUUCGCCGCCCCGGCGGCCUCGAUCAUGGUUGGCGAGGGCGUGCUGUACUGCCUGCAGUCCCGACUGUGGGGACGCAGCGGGGCCCCUGGUGGGGCUGAAGGCAGCAUCAACGCAGGUGGCUGCAACUUCAACUCCUUUCUGCGGCGCACUGUGAGGUUUGUGGGCGUCCAUGUGUUUGGGCUGUGCGCCACGGCCUUGGUGACCGACAUCAUUCAGCUAGCCACGGGUUACCACGCUCCCUUCUUCCUCACUGUGUGUAAACCUAACUACACGCUGCUGGGCACGUCCUGUGAUGCGAACCCCUACAUCACCCAGGACAUCUGCUCCGGCCAUGACACCCACGCCAUCUUGUCUGCACGGAAGACCUUCCCAUCCCAGCAUGCCACUCUGUCAGCCUUCGCUGCCGUCUAUGUAUCGAUGUACUUCAACUCGGUCAUCUCCGAUACCACGAAGCUGCUGAAGCCCAUCCUGGUGUUUGCCUUCGCCAUCGCUGCUGGUGUCUGUGGGCUAACACAGAUCACCCAAUACCGCAGCCACCCCGUAGAUGUCUACGCUGGCUUCCUCAUCGGUGCUGGCAUUGCUGCCUACCUGGCCUGCCAUGCAGUGGGUAACUUCCAGGCCCCACCAGCAGAGAAAACCACUCCCCCAGCCCCUACCAAGGAUGCACUGCGGGCCCUGACCCAGAGAGGUCAUGACUCAGUUUACCAGCAGAACAAGUCAGUGAGCACGGAUGAGCUGGGGCCUCCGGGGCACCUAGAGGGUGUAUCCCGGCCUGUGGUUCGAGAAAAGACAUCACUGGGCAGCCUGAAGCGUGCCAGUGUGGAUGUGGAUCUGCUGGCACCCCGCAGCCCCAUGGGUAAGGAGAACAUGGUGACCUUCAGCAAUACCCUGCCCAGGGUCAGCACUCCCUCUCUGGAUGACCCCGCCCGCCGCCACAUGACCAUCCAUGUGCCCCUGGAUGCCUCCCGCUCCAAGCAGCUCAUCAGCGAGUGGAAGCAGAAAUCCAUGGAGGGCAGAGGCCUGGGCUUGCCGGAUGACGCCAGCCCUGCCCACCUACGCGCCCCUACAGAGCCCAUGGCGGAAGAGGAGGAGGAGGAGGAAGAGGAGGAAGAGGAGGAGGAGGAGGAAGUGGAAGAAGGGCCUGUCCCACCCUCUCUCUACCCUACAGUCCAGGCCCGGCCAGGACUGGGGCCUCGUGUUAUCCUGCCGCCCCGGCCAGGCCCGCAGCCCCUGGUGCACAUCCCCGAAGAGGGGGCGCAAGCAGGGGCAGGCCUGUCCCCCAAGAGCAGUGCAGCAGUACGGGCCAAAUGGCUCAUGAUGGCUGAGAAGGGUGGGGCCCCUGUGGCUCCCGGGCCACAGCAGCCCCGCGUGGCUAACCCACCUCGGCUCCUGCAGGUGAUUGCCAUGUCCAAGGGUCCUGGGGGGCCUGGCCCUAAGGCAGAGACCGCCUCAUCAUCCAGUGCCAGCUCCGACUCCUCACAGUACCGGUCCCCAUCAGACCGGGACUCGGCCAGCAUAGUCACCAUCGAUGCACAUGCGCCCCACCACCCUGUGGUCCAUCUGUCUGCAGGCAAUGCACCCUGGGAGUGGAAGGCUAAGGGGGCAGAGAGUGAGGGCGGGUAUGAGCUUGGGGACCUGGCACGCAGCUUCCGAGGGCCCAAGCCGCCAGGUGUGUCCCCAGGCUCAUCCAUCAGUGAUGUGGACCAGGAGGAGCCACGGUUUGGGGGGGUGGCCACUGUCAACUUGGCCACCGGCGAAGGGCUGCCCCCACUGGGUACAGCUGAUGGGGUGCUGGGGCAGUCCAGCCGUGAGUCUACCCUGAGGCGUCAGGCCGCUGCCGGCCAGGGACUCUCAGGGCUGGCAGAGCGGGAGGCCGCAGAGGUGGAGGUGGAGAGCUACUACCGCAGAAUGCAGGCCCGCAGGUUCCAGGACUGA